AGCUGACAUCAGAUGCAGAAACCCAUGUUCUGUUCCUGUGUGUGGCCUGUCUCUCUCUUUCGGUGAUUACCCUGUGGUGUUGCUGCUGUUUAGGGAAGCCAGCGUUUUACAGCCUAAAACGCCAGAGAGUUAACCCUUGCAUCUGUUCUGCGUGCAUUAAAAGAAAUGGAACUGCGAAUGAAGGUGGCAUUGUCCCUCAGCCUCUGGCUGGUAGGCCUCAGCACCAUAUCAGCUUCUGCUUGCAAUGGGGUUCAGGAACAGAACGUGACGGGCCAGUUCGGGGGUCAGGUGAUCUUGCCGUGUUACCAGAAUGGUGCCAAGCGGGUGUACUGGCAGACGGAGGCUGACAGUGAGGUGGAACUGGUGAACACGUUUUGCGCUGGAGCGCCGUCGGCGUGUGGCAACAUCAACGUCCGCUACGUCAACCGCUCACACUUCCUUGACGACCCACGGAAGGGUAACUUCACCCUCCGUCUCACGGCGCUCAGUCCCCACGAUGAGCUGACCUAUCUGUGCGUGACGCAGGAUCCGGUCCGGUGUUACAGGUUCCACAUAAAUAUCGAAGCACAGCCACGUUUGCUAAAGAUUAGUCUCCCAGCAAAGUCAGUUCAUUCACCGGGAGAAGAGGUGAAGCUGAUCUGUACAGUCACAGGUGCAUACCCGAAACCACAGCUGACAUGGGUGAACACCAGGAAUAAUGCAACCCUCCCACAGAGCCGAGUGAGCACGAGAGAAGAGGAGGGCGCAGACGGACUGUACAAUGUGACGAGCACGCUGAGAUUACAGCCAAAUAACCACGAUCCCAUCAUCUGUCAAACCAUCAACAACAGGACCGGACAGGUCACUCAGUCAGACACAUACACAGGGGCUAAAAAUAGUGGACCAUUAUAUACACGCGGUGCUGGCUCAAUACUUCACACAUGUCUGCUCGUAAUCGGAAUCACCAUCUUCACUCAAUCCUUCCUUUCACUGACUCUCUGACAGUGCCCACUCCCUCAGCGCUGACCCUCCGACAGUGCCCACUCCCACAGUGCUGACCCUCCGACAGUGCCCACUCCCUCAGCGUUGACCCUCCGACAGUGCCCACUCCCACAGUGCUGACCCUCCGACAGUGCCCACUCCCUCAGCGUUGACCCCCCGACAGUGCCCACUCCCUCAGCGCUGACCCUCCGACAGUGUGGCCCUCCCUCAGCACUGACCCUCUGACAGUGCCCACUCCAUCAGCACUGAACCUCCGACAGUGCCCAUUCCCUCAGCACUGACCCUCUGACAGUGCGGCACUCGCUCAGCACUGACCCUCUGACAGUGCUCACUCCCUCAGCACUGACCCUCUGACAGUGCCCAUUCGCUCAGCACUGACUCUCUGACAGUGCCCACUCCCUCAGCACUGACCCUCGGACAGUGCCCAUUCCCUCAGCACUGACCCUCUGACAGUGCGGUGCUCCCUCAGCAAUGACCCUCGGACAGUGCGGUGCUCCCUCAGCACUGACCCUCCGACAGUGCGGCGCUCCCUCAGCACUGACCCUCCGACAGUGCCCAUUCCCUCAGCACUGACCCUCCGACAGUGCG